AUGCUUCCAUAUAGAAUCUUUCCCGCCGGCUGUUUUUCGUCUGCCUCCAGUCUUUUUGCCGCAUUCUCAACAGCACCUGGCUCACCUCGUGGCGGUGGUUGCGGUAGUGCAAUCUCCGCUUCCCUGCUCCGACAGUCAGGCUUUCUGGGUCCUCCUGGUGGAUUGUCCUUUUCCGCUACCCGAGCGCCUUCGAGUGUCGGGACUGAUUCAGAGGAAACUAUCGAUCAGGACGAGACGCCUGAACAGAAAGCAGAGCGGGAGCGUACUCGACGACAGGCGAAUAACGCUCGCGAAAGUUCACUUUUGGGUGGAUUAUUGGACAACCAUUCUUUCUAUAUGAGUCUCGCAUCGAUGUACGCUAAUUCUGACCAACCACAUACAUAUAUCAACGUGUCUAGACUCCGUGUGCGUGAGAUCAACGAUGCUUUCAAAGAACUCGGCCAAAUGAUCAAUCUACAUACAGGCAACAGCCAACCCUUGACCAAGCUGAUGAUACUUCAACAGGCUGUCACUGUCAUCACAGGCCUCGAAUUUCAAGUUAGAGGUAUCGGCUAUACUGCAAGCUAUGUGAAACCGCAUGUGCUUUAG